CUCUCUCUCUCUCUCUCUCUCUCUCUACACGAAGUUUGGCGGGUUGUGGGACACAGCCAAGACCAAGCUGGGGUUAAUCACAAGAUUCCCCAAUCUUCCCGUCACAGAAAUAUUGGAUCUUGGACUCAUCUCUGUCCAAUGUCCAUCCUCUCUGUACUCUCUCUCUCCUUCCCUUCCUCCAUUAUUGUAUUCUACUCCCACACCCCCAUCUCUUAUUAUUAUAUAUCCUUUCAGGCAAAUCGAAGAUUCUCACCACUUACAUUGAGGGUCAUUUUUUAAGUCAAGCAAAAAGAAUUCGAAAUCAAGCUCUUUCCUUUUUUUUCCACCCCUGCUGGGUUAAAAUAAGCAAAAUCAACUUGUGCCCCCUUUUUCCCUCCGAGGGGUUUUGAUUGCCAUUCCUAAUAAUUGAGGGAAGGAAAGCAGAGCAGAGCACCAAGCAACCCUUUACCUUUUUGGCUGGGUUUUAUUAUAUUCUAUUGAGAAAAUUUGGAUGCGUAUAUCAGCUGUACUGGACUCACUUCCCGCAAAGGUGGGUCGUCAAUCGUGGGUAGCGUGAACUGUGACAGAGAGGUGACAUAAUAUAUACUGAUAUCGAUACAGAGCUACUGUUGCUGAAACCCUGAAACUGAAACGCCUAGGGCUAAAGGGAGUUUCUUGGGGGAAAGGAAUCAGGUGACUUGGCUGUGUUGGCUGCUGGGCACUGGAUGGAUUGAUAAGAGCGGCAGUGAUUGAAGGCAGCAAAGGAAAACGAAAAGGGGGUAAGCGAGUCUCUUAGUUGCAGAGGACUCCUACUUACUCUGUUUCUUCUUUGGCAGUUUCUCUCUUUACUGGUUCUCGGCUCUUUGUAUGAUUACUCCUACUCCAACCCCUCCAAUAUUUUAAUCUCUCCUCUUAAUCUCCGCCCAUAAACAAAACAAAUUUUACAAAAAGCUUAACUCCUGCGCUUUGCUUUUGUGGGUAUGUCUCUUUCCGAUUAACAAUAGAAAAUCUCAUCUUCUCCGGAAGCCGUACCUUUUUAAAUUUCUUUUUUGUGGCUUUUUUGAUGCCCAGCUGAUUGCAAUUUCCAGCGAAAACAAUGGGCUCAUUCCACAUCCUAUGAUACUCAAACGAAGGACCCAUCAUCUCAGGUUCUACUCCCUGCUGAUUUGCUUCCUGCUGCCUCUGGCUUUAGUAGGUAAAAGUUUGGAUCCCUUAUACAGUGUUUUGCUUUUUGUUCUCUUGUUAGGUCUUCCUCCCUUUGAUUGUUCAGUUUCCUCUGUUCCCUUUGUUUUUCUUUACUGCGUCAUCUUUACUCUUUGUUUGUUGUGUCUCGACGUCUACAUGCGCUCUUUUCUAUUACCCUUUUACUUCUCCAUCCCCUCGCACCCAACUUGUUGAUGUGUGUUCUCCAUCCCUUUCCCAUUUGAAUUCUCUGAUCUGAGAUUUCUAGGGUUUGCUACUUUCAGGGUAGUUGAUUCAUCAGUGAGCUCUGCUACAGUUUUGCCAUCUUUCUCAACAGUUCAUAUAAGGGGAGAAGAUGAGCGGAGCAGUGCUUGUGGCGGUUGCUGCUGCUAUUGGCAACUUGUUGCAAGGAUGGGAUAAUGCUACCAUCGCUGGAGCUGUUCUCUACAUAAAAAAGGAAUUCAAUCUGGAAAGCGAGCCAACCAUUGAAGGAUUGAUUGUGGCAAUGUCCCUUAUCGGAGCCACGGUGAUCACUACAUGCUCCGGAGCUAUAUCGGAUGCCAUAGGGCGUCGUCCUCUCCUCAUAAUCUCAUCUGUGUUCUACUUUAUCAGUGGUCUGGUCAUGUUAUGGUCCCCCAAUGUCUAUGUCCUACUGUUGGCGAGGCUUUUGGAUGGAUUUGGGAUCGGUUUGGCAGUAACCCUAGUACCUGUGUAUAUCUCUGAGACAGCACCUCCUGAGAUUAGGGGACUACUGAACACACUCCCACAGUUCACUGGUUCUGGUGGGAUGUUCUUGUCAUAUUGCAUGGUGUUUGGGAUGUCCUUGAUGGAGACACCUAACUGGAGAUUAAUGCUCGGGGUGCUAUCUAUCCCGUCUCUCGUCUAUUUUGGGCUCACUAUAUUCUUCUUGCCCGAAUCACCAAGGUGGCUAGUCAGUAAAGGAAGGAUGCUUGAGGCCAAACAGGUUUUGCAGAGGCUUCGUGGCAGAGAAGAUGUCUCUGGUGAGAUGGCUUUACUGGUUGAGGGACUCGGUGUUGGUGGUGAAACAUCGAUUGAAGAGUACAUAAUCGGCCCUGACAAUGAAAUCAACGAUGACCAAGAUAUAUCUGGAGACAAGGAUCACAUCAAGUUAUAUGGGCCAGAAGCAGGCCUGAGUUGGGUUGCAAGGCCCGUCACUGGCCAGAGCAAUCUUGGCAUUGCAUCCAGACGAGGAAGCAUGGCAAGCCAGACAGCGUCACUCGUUGAUCCACUAGUCACCCUAUUCGGUAGCGUGCACGAGAAGCUUCCCGACACAGGAAGCAUGAGAAGCAUGCUUUUCCCGCACUUCGGCAGCAUGUUCAGUGUCGGAGGAGGUAACCAGGCUAGGCAUGAGGAAGAGGACUGGGACGAGGAGAGCCAAGCUAGAGACGGGGAUGAUUAUCAGACCGGUGCUGACUCCGACGAUAAUUUGCACAGCCCAUUGAUUUCUCGGCAGACGACGAGCGUCGAGAAGGACAUGGUGCAGCCUGCUCACGGGAGCCUGUCGAGCAUGAGGCAUGGCAGUUUGUUUCAAGGUACUGCCGGAGAGCAAGGUGGUAGCACAGGGAUUGGUGGUGGUUGGCAGCUGGCGUGGAAGUGGACGGAGAGAGAUGGUAAAGAUGGGCAGAAGGAAGGAGGGUUCAAAAGGAUUUACUUGCAUCAAGAAGCUGGUGGGCCAGGGUCACGCCGUGGAUCUUUGGUUUCUCUGGCAGGUGGGGAUCAUGCUGCUGGUGGAGAAAGUGAAUAUGUGCAGGCUGCUGCUUUGGUGAGUCAACCGGCACUGUACUCAAAAGAUCUCGUGAAUCAGCAUCCAGUUGGACCUGCCAUGGUUCACCCUUCUGAAGCUGCAUCGAAAGGUCCGAGCUGGAGAGAUCUGUUUGAACCGGGUGUGAAGCGUGCUCUGGUUGUUGGCAUUGGCCUCCAAGUCCUUCAGCAGUUCUCUGGGAUCAACGGUGUCCUGUAUUACACUCCUCAAAUUCUUGACAAAGCUGGUGUUGGGGUUCUUCUUUCAAACUUGGGGAUUAGUUCAGCUUCUGCAUCUCUGCUUAUCAGUGGCGUCACGACAUUGUUGAUGCUUCCUUCUAUAGCUGUUGCUAUGAGACUCAUGGAUCUCUCCGGAAGGAGGACAUUGCUGCUGACUACAAUCCCGGCCUUGAUAGCAUCCCUACUGGUCCUAGUGAUUGGAAGCACAAUCAAUUUUGGCAGCGUAGUAAACGCAGCAAUCUCAACGGUGAGCGUGAUAGUCUACUUCUGUUGCUUCGUGAUGGGAUUCGGUCCGGUUCCCAACAUCCUCUGCGCCGAGAUCUUCCCAACACGUGUUCGCGGACUCUGCAUUGCAAUAUGCGCGCUCACGUUCUGGAUAGGGGAUAUCAUAGUCACGUAUUCGCUGCCCGUGAUGCUAAACUCGAUCGGGCUGGCGGGUGUAUUCGGGUUGUACGCGGUGGUGUGCGUCAUAGCUUUAGUGUUUGUAUACCUGAAAGUGCCGGAGACGAAAGGAAUGCCACUGGAAGUGAUCACGGAGUUCUUCUCCGUCGGUGCAAAGCAAGCAGAAGAGGAGAAGGAGAACUGAGGUUUUGACUCUUUAAGUGUUUUGUUGGUUUGGUGCGGUUUUGUAUUUUAGUGUACUGUUGGAAACAUAAUCUCUUUUUUUUUUUGCCAUAAUGAAUUUUCUUUUGCUGUAGAAAGAAAGGAAAUCGACAAACAUCUUUUUUUUCUUUUUCCCUGAAAUAGAUUUUGUUUGCCUUUUAACAGUCCCCCAGUUGUUUAUUAUUGAGAUGCAGUGUCUGGUUUUUGCCUCAUCUGCUGUCUGAGUUUGGACCUGGACAGUGUUGACUCAUGCAUGUUCCUACUAUCAAUGAAACUGGGUGAGACUGACAUUUGAGUUUCACUUGUAGUUAGGGCUGAAAAUUUGCCUGUCCUGUCCCUGUCUGACCCGUCCAUGAAGGGUCAAGAUGUAUAACCGUCCCAUCCCGUCCCUGUCUCCUUCUUGACCCUGUCUGACCCUCAAGGGUUGGGACGGGACGGGUCAGUGGGUCAACCCUAAUCAAAACACUACUUUUUUACAAAUUACGUUUUGGUACCCAAAAUGAUUUUUUCUUACAAUUUAGUAUCUAAAUUUUAUUUUUUUUACAAAUAAGUCCAUAAAUUUUGAUGGUAAAAUUACGUUUUGGUACCCAAAUUUUUUUAUUUUUACAAAUGAGUACCUAAACUUUUAAAACUUUACAAAAAGGUCCAAUGAAGUAUGAGAUAUUUGUUGUUGCUAAGGGUCACAGGUCAAAACGUGACCCGUCCCUAAGUUGUCUCGACCCGUCCCGACCCUUACAGGGUCAACAAAUGACCCGUCCCUAAUCUGUCCCUGUCGACCCACUGACUCGGGACCGGUCAGUGGGUCUUCCGGGACAAGCUUUCACCCCUACUUGUAGUAUUCGAUUGCAUGCAUUCUUUGCUACUCCUUCGUAUUAUUCCGUCGAUAGGAAUAGCAAUGUCUGCAAUUUUCUUACUAUACGGGUGAGAUUAGAAAGGGCAAUUUAGAAGUGAAGAAGGUGACAUGACUAGAGAGGUAGUAGUAUUUUCCAGGUUUUGUGAUAUUUAUAUCGGCUUUCUUAUCGAAAAAAAUUUCUACCAGAGUUCAAAUUAAUGUGUGGCAUGGUUGUCACGCCGGUUGGCGUGCCACUGGUUGAACCUGGUUCAACCUAUAUCAGUCAUAAAACCGGCAUUACACCACCGGUAUGACCGGCAUGAUCGAUAUACGAAUCUUCAAGUAAAAUAAUUUUACCUUAGUGAAUUUAAUUGAUAAAAAGAAAUUUAUUAUUUAUUUUAUGGGUUAAAAAGUUAAAUGUUGAUGUUAUUUGUUGGAUUCAAGUACAAAUAUUUAGGUAUUGACUUUAAAUGUCGUGUUUAAAUAUGAGUAUUUGUAAAUUAUUUGUAAUAUUAACCGGUAUGAACCGGCACAAACCGAUAUGUACCACCGGUCGAAACCAUUCCACUUGCUAAACCGGCACACUGGCAUAAACCGAUUUGACAACCUUGAUGUGUGACCUUUAGUAGUAUGAAACAAUUAGAUUACGGUUAAUACAGUUUUUACAUAAAAUAUCUUACCAUUGAUUUUAUGAUACAAUAUCCUGCAUGCUUUUUACAAUCCCAUAGUAUUUUAUUUUCCCAAUGGGAGAGGAAGAAGCUCUCUAAUCUCUUGGUGAGUGGUGACUACUCACUACCACAGGAGUCGAAUUAUGAUUCACCAAAAAUCCUAAACAUGAUCGAUUUGAGUAGUAGAUUUUAGGGUAAUGUUUAUUUUUUAUCCAAACCGUUUUUAGAUUCUUUUAUAUUAUCCAAACUUAUCGAAAUACUAAGAAUUAGUCAAAUGUUAACUUUCAGUUAGCAAUUUUGUUAGUAAUUUUGACUGGGCAAUAUGAUACUGACUUGGAAGAGACACGCGAAGGUCAACAUUCCAAAAUUUUAGUAUUUUAACUAAGAAAAUAGUUAUAAAAUUAUUAACAAUAACAUAAAAAUGGCUAAUAUUUUGGUGCAUUACAAAAUAUUUGGCUAAUUAAUAGCAUUUUAAUAG